CUAGGUUGCCAUUUGUUGCUGUGACAGACGCGCCUGCGGGAUUAUAAGGGAAGCGCGGCUGUACUGGGAUUACGCAUUGUAUCUGAUGCGUCAGGUAAAAGUAAUGAGACAGGAGGGUGAAGAGUGGUGCGUCCUGGUUCUGGUACCUGUCGGGAAUGAGUGUGGCUUUUUUAUCCCGCUGUUAUGAUGGAAAGCGCCGCCGCAGAUGGAUCAACCCGCAGCGACGCAAAACCGCAGGAGAAGAAAAGGUUAAACCGUGCGCCAUCUCCAGCCAGACCGUCCCUCAAGGAUGGUCACUCGAGAUUACCAAAACCCACCGCGCUCACCCCGAAAUCUCCCAAACUUAGCAAACAGCAGGUUCCCUCGGCAUCACUGCUUCCGACCAGCCGCAUCGGGAGACGCGCUGCGCCCGGAGCGAAGGACAAACCCGUCCCGGUAAAAAGCGCACCUAAGUCCGCGAUCACCAAAAAGGCCCCAAAGGUCGGUCAGCGCGGAUCUGUUGAACCCAAAUCCAGCAGCAAGGUGGUGGAAUCUGCUUCAAGACUCCCAAAAAGCGCAAAGCUAAAACUGACCCCUCUGCUGCGCCCUAUUUCGGGUUCAGACUCUCCAGUGCGGGUUCCCACCGGGCGCCUGGCACAGACCGACAGCAGCUCGGAUCUGUCCGACUGUCCCUCCGAGCCACUGGCCGCCAGCAGUGAUGCGGAGUCCGGAGGCGGCUCCGGAUCCAGCGAGCCUCCUGAUGCUCAGAGCGCAAGAGCGGCCGCAGAUCAGAGCUCACCCGCGAUCCAGACACCCAAACCCGCGACAGAGCCGCUCAGAGCCGAGCGCUGCAGUGAGCAAGCGGAGGAUUUACUGCGGGAAAUAGAGGAUCUGCGCUCAGAAAACGACUACCUCAAGGAUGAAGUGGAUGAGCUGCGAGCUGAGAUGGAGGAGAUCAGGGACAGCUAUCUGGAGGAGGAGAUGUAUCAGCUGCAGGAGCUGCGCAGGGAGCUGGAUCGCUCCAAUAAGAACUGUCGAAUCCUCCAGUACCGGCUGCGCAAGGCCGAGCAGAAAAGCCUGCGUGUGGCGCAGACCGGCCAUGUGGAUGGAGAACUUCUCAGAAACCUAGAACAGGACCUCAAGGUUGCCAAAGAUGUGUCGGUGCGUCUUCACAACGAGCUGGAGACCGUGGAGGACAAGCGGACACGAGCCGAAGAUGAGAAUGAGAUGCUCAGGCAGAAGAUCAUCGAGGUGGAGGUCUCCAAGCAGGCCCUGCACAACGAGCUAGAGAGGGCCAAAGAGGUGGCAACGAGGAGACGAGGGAGCAGAGAAACCUUCAAGGAGAAGAAAUCUUUUUCUCAGGAGGACAGUGCAGACCUGCGCUGUCAGCUUCAGUUUUCCAAAGAGGAAUCUGCCCUGAUGCGCAAGAAGAUGGCUAAACUCGGGCGGGAGAAGGAUGAACUCGAGCAGGAGCUGCAGAAAUACAAGUCAGUCUACGGAGACGUAGAUAGCCCCCUACCGCUGGCCGAGACGCCGGGAGGAGGGCCGCACAGCACGCGAGAGGCCGAGCUCCGCUUACGCCUCAAGCUGGUAGAGGAGGAGGCCAACAUACUGGGCCGCAAGAUCGUGGAGCUGGAGGUGGAGAACCGAGGCCUGCGUGCCGAGAACGACGACCUGCGCAGCCAGUACGAGCGCGACUGCUUCGGCCGCGAGCCCUUCUCCAGCGUCCCCACGUCUCCGUUCGGCGCGGACGCCCCCGAGUCGGCCAACGAGCUGCGACGUCACCUGCAGUUCGUGGAGGAGGAGGCCGAGCUGCUUCGGCGCUCCAUCUCCGAGAUUGAGGAUCGCAACAAGCAGCUUACUACCGAGCUCAACCGCUUCAAGUUCGGGUCAGGGCCUGGGGAUGGUGAACCCGAGGGGGCGGAGGGAGGAGCUUCGGUCGUGCUAAAACCUGAAAACAACAAGGCGAGCCUGGCAUUGGGUGGCAUGGCAUGUCUACAGGAGGAGUUAAAAACUGCCCAGGUGCAGAUCAACGAGUUGAGUGACAAGGUGAUGAAGCUGCAGUAUGAGAAUCGUGUUCUGAUUUCCAACAUGCAGCGCUGCGACCUGGCUGCCCACUUGCGAUCCGUAAGCCCGCGGGAUAGCGACGCGGACAGCGACGCUGGCCGCAGGGAUGCCGAGGAGGACGAAGCAGGGCGGCUUUUGCUGCUCCACCCGAAGCGCGAAGGGCCAGUGGGUGGCGAGAGUGACUCUGAGGACUUGUUCGAACGGACAGCCACGUCGGGUUUCGGGAGCGGGGGUAAAACGUCAGACGUAGCCGAUAUCGGAGGGGCAGAGCUCGCGAAGAGGAGGCGUGAGGAACGUGAGAUGCUCCUGGGUAUUAAACGUGAGGCAGAGCGCCUGAGGAAGAUGGUGGACAGGCUCAUCACGGACACGAACAGUCUGGUCUGUGAGGGUCGCCUGGUCGUUACCGGAGCCAGCUCCGUCGCGGAAGGAUCCGAGUUCUCAUCGGAACGCAAACCUGACUCUCAGGUGCUAGAUUCCAUCACUGACCACAUGAGGACGUUCAGGACAGAUCUCUACACCUUUAUGGAGAAGGUUGAUCACUUGGGCGAAGGCCUGAGGGACCGCAGCGAUGACCUCUCGCCCAUGCCCAAUCUCACGGAGUCGAGCAGCUUCCUCUCGACGGUUACGUCUAUGUCCCGUGACUCGCCUAUUGGAACCCUGGGAAGGGAUCUGGCAGCUGACUUUCAGCUCAGGGAGUCGAGCCUGCCUGAGGUGGACACCCCUGCCAGGGAGGCACAGUUCUGUCUGGACCUCGAGAGGAGAAUGAAAGCUGAACAGGAGGAGAGAGAAACUUUACAAACAUCCGUCACUCAGGAAGAGGAUACGAGGCGCUUGGAGGCACGACGGGGUCUGGAGUUGCAGGGUUUGCAGUCACACGACCCCGCAUGGCCACAGGAGAGAGCUUUGCUGCAUCAGGAGGUUCGUCUGUUCCAUCAAAACGCCAUCAUCGUCUACAUGAAGCUGCGCUGGAUACUGAUGAACUGGAGGCUCAGACGCAGAACCGAUGCAGCAGAGGAGAGAGCUGAGUACGAGCGGUUGGAGAGCGUUCCAGAGGCAGGGGCGGUCGUGGAGCAGGCUGAAGGAGACACGGUGCAGGAGGAUAAAGUGGGACCCCAGUCCACGUGGAGAGACAUCGCAGAUCCUGGUCCACUAUUACAGUCUCCGGAAAGAUUCCACUUUCAGAAACAGGUAGGCGACAGUAGGCGGGUCCUUCAUGCCCUGCGCUCUCUAUUGGACGAGCUGAGGGCGGAGCUAAGAGAGGAGGCGCAGAGAUGCUGUCAGUUGCAGCAGACGCUGGCCAAUGAGAGGGCAGCAUUCGAGAUACAGCGUGCUGAAAUGAGGAGCCGCAUAGCACAGCUGGAGGAGUCACCAGGAGCAGCGUCAGUAGGAGGAACGGAUUCUUUGCACCUGCAGCAGGAACAGGAGCGAGAGCGGGAGGAACAGCGGAGGCUUUUAGCCGAUAGCCACAGCGUAGCUCUGGAGCUGCGCUGGAAGCUCAGACUCGGCGAGCGGCGGUGGAGCAGAGAGAAGAACGAACUUCUGGAAAGCUUCGAGAGGGAGCGGCAGGAACGCGAGCGCACCGUGCAAGACCUACACCGAAAGAUCGAGCAGAUGCAGCGGGAGUUUUCAUUCCAUCACGCCGAGGAGGGUUUACUGUCAGAAAAGGGCACUCCGCAUGUCUUUUCUCCUCAGGACAGCCCAUGCAAAGUUCCCAGAUCCCCACAUUUGCCCCGCACAGCUCCGGGUGCGGUGUCUCGUUCCCACUCGGACUCGGAAACCACACUGGAGGAGAGGGUGCGGCCCAGUGAGAACCUCUUUCUGGAUGCUCUAUCUCUGGAUCCACCAAACGAGGCAGAGAUGCCGUCUUCAUCGAAGCUGGAGAGGGAGAAAAGGUUUCCCUGCCUCAAAGAAGCACUAAACGAGAUCUCAGAAAGAGAAGAUCCUGCACUGUAUGAGGAAGAGCUGACCGGUGGCAGUCUCCUCAGGGCAAAGUCUGUAUGCUCCAUGAGUGACUUCCAGCGUUUGAUGGACAGCUCCCCAUUCCUCCCGGACAAGAGCAGGUCAGGUGAGCUCGGACAGGAUGAUCUGACCCCACCGCUCUCUCCCGACGACCUCAAAUACAUCGAGGAGUUCAACAACAAGGACUGGGACCUCUCAAACCCUGCACUGCCCUCCUGCCCCAUCCCAGGACCUAUGCUUCCCCCACAGGUCGUCGGGGCAUGGAUGGAGCGGGCAGAUGCCCACAGACCUGCUCCUUCACAGAAUGCAUUCCAGCCAGCCUCAUGGUACCUCACCACUAGUGCCACUUUAACCACCAACACCACGAGCAGCAUGGAUCAGAGCCAGCAGCUUGCAGCAAGGGGAACCCCAGUGCCUGAGCACUUCGGAGUUCGUGUCCUGCACAGCCCCACCCGAGCCGACAGGUUAAACCCGCUCUUGAAGGAAGGGGAGGACGUUUUCGGAGGGAGGUGGGCUUGCGACUUAAGACAUUUGGAAGGAAGUGAACAUGCGGCUCUGUGCACGACCAUGGGUUACCCAUCAUCCUUAGAGCUGGAACUGUCCAAGAAUCUCAGUGAUGACAUGAAGGAAGUAGCGUUUUCUGUCUGUAAUGCCAUCCGUUCAAGCACAGCCACGGGAAGCAGCCCUGCCGAGCGGCAAACGCGCGAUAUCGCCUGCCAGACCAACUGCUUAACGACUCGUGGCACUCAGACCAUAAGCGUGGCACUGCAGACGAUCGCCAGCAGCCCACGGCGCAGCAUCACUCCCGUCUCGUCGCCCUCCCGCAGGAAGGCGCAAUACUCGCCCGCCACACAGGCCAAGUUCGAGCGAUCGUGUUGCUCCCCAAAAUACGGCUCGCCUAAGCUCCAGCGCAAGUCGUUGACCACCCCGAGUGCACCAGGAAAAUCCGAACCGCCCGCAACCUCAUCGAGAGCCACAACACCAACGUAUCAGCCCCAGAAAGGGAACAGCGAAUCAGCCUGGGCGAGAUCCACCACCACCAGGGACAGCCCCGUCCACGCCACCAUUAACGAUGGCCUCUCCAGCCUCUUCAACAUCAUCGAUCACACGCCAGUUUACGACCCAGCUCAGAAGUUCAACAAGUCACCCAGCCGUUCCCGGGCCAUCGAAAGAUCAUCCGCAGACGCCAAAGUAGCCAACCACGGAGCGCCGCAGGAGUCAGCGUGGCCGUCCAGGGGACGUUCUCCGAGUCCCAUUCAUCUCAUAGUGGAGAUACAGGGUGAGAAGAACCCAGAGACGAUCAGCAUCAGGCAGGACCUGUCGGCUCCACCCGGAUACACGAUAGCUGAGAAUGCAGCUCGGAUAUUGAACAAGAAACUCCUGGAGCAGGGCUUUAGAGACGAGAAGAAACAAGGUUCAGCCGAGACACUUCAGACCAGAAUGGGAGAAGAGGACAAACCUGGAUGUAUUGAGGAUCUCCCCCGAUCACCAGUAGCUCCACCCCUGGACUCCUGCUUCUUGCGACCAGCGCGCCCCGCUAACCGCCGGCCCCCGUCCCGAUGGGCCGCGCACUCGCCGUCAUCUUCCCCGACCUACAAAGACCACAGUGAGAGAUUUCGCUUUCCUUCACCCAUCAGACCCACACAAAUGAUCCAAGACACAGAUGGGCCCAGUCAGGAACUACCUCAGCCCCCAGCAUGAGGCCAUCCUGCUCAAACCUAGCCCGCUCCACUCCUCACCCCAUCCUGUUCUUAUUAUCUAUCUGUUGUCUUCUCUUCUACAUUCUAACCCUUUCUCUCCCUCUCUCAGUACCUUGAUUCCAUUUUUCUUUUCCACCCCUUUCCAUAUUUGUCCGUCAUGUCAAAUAUACGUCUCUUCUGCAGGGAAAGCUUCUAAAUUCCCCUUGACUGGAAUCAAUCCUGCACUAUUAUGUGCAUUA